GGAGCGGGGCGGGCGAUGCCUCCCCCCGCCUCCUCCCUCCGUCUCUCCCUCCCUCCGUCCUCGGCUGCUCGCGCCGCCGGGACCAUGGGCUGCUGCUGCCGCCUCCUCCUCGCCCUCCUCCUCCUCCUGCCCGCAGGACUUGGUGAUGACCCUGUAGCACUGUCCCUUGCUCCCUUCCCAGUGGUGGGGACAUCAGCAGGGCCAGGCUCAGGGGGCACGUCUGUCCCCACAGCAGCUCCCCAUCAGUCUACACCUCUGACCGCUGAGGGACCCACCAGUAAUGGAGUGUCCCCUGAGGUGGGUGGCCGCAAUGAGAGCACCACGGCCAUUCUGUCCACUGCCUCCACCCCCACAAACACUGUCACUGCAGCAGACAGCCUAUCAGUGGCCCCCAGUUCGGUGCCACCAACCCUGGAGACGGUCUUGAGUCCUUGGACAGCACAUUCCAGCCUGGCGAGAGGCACGACAGAUUUGGGGACAAAUCCCAGCCCUGUGGGCACACCUGCAUCCUUCUCCUCUUCCUCCCCUGACAGCAGCACCCUGCACUCAUCCCCUGGGACAGCAUUGCUCUCACCAGCCAUCUCCACCCAGCCAUCGGCACUGAUGAAGGAUGUCCCUUCCCCAGGGACAAUGGCUGUGUCAAGCCUGGCCAUGGAGCCAACAUCCCCCUCAGAGACUGUGGCCAGCCCCACCAAAGGCAUGGCUGAAGAAGGCAAAAGCACUCCCUCGACUGGUGUCACCAUAGAAGAGGUCCCACAUGCCUUGAGUGCAGGCAGCAUCGUGGCCAUAACCGUGACGGUCAUCGUGGUGGUGGUGCUGGUCUUUGGGGCGGCAGCGUACCUCAAGAUCAGGCACUCCUCCUAUGGAAGGCUGCUGGACGACCAUGACUACGGCUCCUGGGGGAACUACAACAACCCCCUCUAUGACGACUCCUAGCAGGAGAAGAUCCUUAUUUAUCAGCGCUUCCCCAGCAUGCACCUGCUGCUUGUCCCCACCACGCGUGCUGGUUGCAGCCUGGAGGCCAAGCUGCUGCUGUGAUCAGCACAGCGUGGCAGGCCCAGCAGGAGGCGGCUGGCUGCAGGGCAGGUGCACCCAAGUGUUGGUGCUUUGCCUGGGAAGCUCUCUGAUAAUAUGGGUGGGUGCUGCUUCAGCAGUGGAGGGGGACCUGGGGCAGGUCCUUUGCUGCUAGCCCAGUAAACCCAAAUUCCCAGUGGGAGGGCUGAGGGAGGCUAAGGCAGAAGACGGCAGCCCUGUGUUUUCCCUGGAAAGAACGUGGAGUGUCCCGUUGCUUUACGUGCCCCUCCCUCCAAGAUCACCUCCCUGCACUGUCCCACUGCAAAACCAUAUGCCUUCCCUCAUCUGUGGUAGCUCACCAUGGGCAAUUACAUGACUGCUUACA